AUGGGCGGUGCCGCGAGUUUGGUCCAGGAGGUGGGUACCGGCUUCAGUGAGACGAUCAUGGCAGCUCGAACCGGUCAGAGUAUCCUGAAGAAGGUGGUCUCGGCCUCAGGAUGUGGUCCAAAGUCGCCGGCAGCAGCGGGACCCCCGGUUUCGGCGCAGGGGCCUACGCGGAACGUCAGAUACUUAGCUUCCUGUGGUAUACUGAUGAGCAGAAAUCUUCUACUACAUACAUCAGUUUUGCCCAAGGAAAUAUAUGCAAGAACUUUCUUCAAAAUUGCUGCACCGUUAAUAAACAAGAGAAAAGAGUAUUCAGAGAGGAGAAUUAUAGGAUACUCUAUGCAGGAAAUGUAUGAUGUUGUAGCAGGAAUGGAAGAUUACAAGCAUUUUGUUCCAUGGUGUCAAAAAUCCAAUAUAAUAUCAAGGAGAUCCGGAUACUGCAAAACACAAUUAGAAAUUGGGUUUCCACCUGUAUUGGAGCGCUAUACAUCUGUAGUAACCAUGGUGAAACCACAUUUAGUAAAGGCAUCCUGCACUGAUGGGAAGCUUUUCAAUCACUUGGAGACUGUUUGGCGUUUCAGCCCAGGUCUGCCUGGCUACCCAAGGACUUGUACCUUGGAUUUUUCAGUUUCUUUUGAAUUCCGCUCACUUCUACAUUCUCAGCUUGCCACAUUGUUUUUCGAUGAAGUCGUAAAGCAGAUGGUAGCGGCCUUCGAAAGAAGAGCGUGUAAGCUGUAUGGUCCAGAAACAAAUAUACCUCGGGAGCUAAUGUUUCACGAAGUUCAUCACACGUAA